AUGGAUAGCUCCAACUGGACCACUGCUCAGGAGUUUAUCUUCUCUGCUUUCCCUUCUUCCUGGGGAGAUUCAGUCAUCUGCUUCAUUCCACUGCUCUUCAUCUAUGCUUUCAUUAUUGUUGGAAACCUGGUUAUCAUCACAGUGGUGCAGCUGAAUACUCAUCUUCACACUCCCAUGUACCUUUUCAUCAGUGCCCUUUCUUUCCUGGAGAUUUGGUAUACCACAGCCACCAUCCCAAAGAUGCUCUCCAGCCUGCUUAGUGAAAGGAGGAAUAUUUCCUUAAAUGGUUGUCUCCUGCAGAUGUACUUCUUCCAUUCCACAGGCAUCAGUGAAGUUUGUCUUCUGACAGCCAUGGCCUUUGAUCGCUACCUGGCCAUCUGCAGGCCUCUUCAUUACCCCACUAUCAUGACCUCCAAGCUCUGUGCUCAACUCACUUUAGGUUGCUGUGUUUGUGGCUUUGUCACACCCCUCCCUGAGAUUGCCUGGAUCUCCACACUACCGUUUUGUGGCUCUAAUCACUUGGAGCAUAUCUUCUGUGACUUCCUCCCAGUGCUGCGUCUGGCCUGCACUGAUACACAGACCAUUGUCAUGAUUCAGGUGGUAGAUGUUGUCCAUGCAGUGGAGAUUAUUACAGCUGUGGCCCUCAUUUUCAUGUCCUAUGUUGGUAUUGUGGCUGUGAUCCUUCGUAUUCGUUCAGCUGAAGGCCGCCGCAAAGCAUUUUCUACAUGUGUCUCCCACCUCACGGUUUUUGUACUCUUCUUUGGCAGCGUGGCUCUCAUGUACUUGCGCUUCUCUGCCACAUACUCCUUAUUCUGGGAUACGGCCAUUGCUCUCGCCUUUGCAGUUUUGUCCCCUUUCUUCAACCCUAUUAUCUACAGCCUGAGGAAUAAAGAGAUAAAAGAAGCUAUAAAAAAGCACCUGAGUCAAACUAAAAUCUUGUCUUCAUAA